AUGGAUUCUGAAAUAUCAAAUUCUGAGAUUUGUAGGGUUUGCAUUUCAGAGGGAUUACCAGACAGACCUCUGUUCCAUCCCUGUAUAUGCACCGGAAGUAUCAAGUGGAUUCAUCAGGAAUGCCUUGUACAAUGGAUGAGGUACUCCAGGAAAGAGUUCUGUGAAUUGUGUGGCUACAGGUUUUCAUUUACACCUAUAUAUUCACCUGAUAUGCCUAGAAGACUGCCUUUGAAAGAUUUGGCUGCAGGAUUGUUAUCUUCAGUGGCAACUGCAGUCAAGUAUUGGUUUCAUUAUACACUAGUUGGUACAGCUUGGUUAGGAAUAGUACCAUUGACUGCAUGUAGAAUUUAUAGGGCUCUAUUUGCUGGAACUGUGGAGGCCAUGCUGACUAUGCCCUUUGAUAUGUUGUCCACUGAAAAUUUAGCCUCUGACGUAUUUCAAGGUUGUUUUGUUGUAACUUGUACUUUAUUUGCUUUUGCGGGGCUAGUUUGGUUACGUGAACAAAUUUUACAUGGGGGUGGACCUGACUGGUUGCAAAGAGACAAUGUGCAAGGUGAAGAACCACCUAGAGUGCUUGAUAACAUACCGGAAGAAAUGAGAGAGGAAGUGGAAGAUGCUGUUCAAGCACAAGAACCAGGUCCUGAUGUGGCAGCGCCAGAAAAUCAAGAACCUCAACAAGAAGCAGAUGCGAAUGUUGGCGAAGAUAACAAUUGGAUACCGAUGGAAUGGGAUCGAGCGGCAGAAGAAAUAACUUGGGAACGUCUCCUUGGUCUAGACGGCUCAUUGAUGUUUUUAGAACAUGUCUUUUGGGUCAUCUCCCUCAACACCCUCUUCAUACUAGCCUUUGCUUAUUGCCCCUACCACAUGGGUCUCACGACCUUGUCACUUUUCAAUAUGCGUGAUGCAGCUGCUGCUAGUCAUUUUGAAGGUCUCUUGACCACAUUGGUCGGUUAUUGUACUGUUGGCAUCCUGUUAAUGAUUCUGCACAGGUUAGCUGCUUGGCUGGGAUUCAAUAAGGCAAAACGUGUGCUAGGGCUUUGCUAUAUGGUGGUCAAAGUAUCCAUGCUCAGCGUUGUUGAAAUUGGAAUUAUUCCCCUAGUAUGUGGUUGGUGGCUUGAUAUCUGCUCUUUGGCUAUGUUUGACGCUAGUUUGAGAGAUAGAGAAACUAGUUUUAGCUCUGCACCUGGCACAUCGAUAUUUAUCCAUUGGUUGAUCGGGAUGGUGUAUGUCUAUUAUUUUGCAUCAUUUAUUCUUCUUCUCCGAGAAAUUCUAAGACCAGGCGUACUUUGGUUCUUGAGGAACUUCAAUGAUCCUGACUUCAGUCCUAUUCAAGAGAUGAUCCAUUUGCCUAUAUUAGAGCACAUAAAAAAACUGCUCAUUUCAGCGGUAAUUUUUGGUAGCGCGGUUUUAUUGAUGCUCUGGCUGCCCAUUAGAAUCUUGAAAUGUGUGAUGCCUAGUUUUCUGCCUUAUACUGUGUCUCUGAAUAACAAUGACACACAGGUGAAUGAACUGUCAUUGGAACUAUUGCUGCUUCAAGUUAUUUUGCCAGCUUUGUUGGAACAGUCGCAUACAAGAAUCUGGUUGAAAGGUUUGGUAAGAAAUUGGUGUAAAGUAGUUUCCUGGAUGCUCAAUAUUCACUCUUACUUACUUGGAGAUGAGGAAGCAAAGACAGUGAAUCAAGAACAACAACAUGGAAACCCACCUGCCAACCAUCCUGAAAUUGGUGCUGGGUUAGGAGCAGUGCACCAAGCUUUACUGAUGAUGGAACCCCCAACAGGUUUUCAAACGUACACUCGCCCUUCCUUCUUCAUGGCUAGACUCGUCGGACUCCUCAUUUCAAUUUGCCUAUCCCUGGUUGCUUCAAGUUUGAUAGCCCUGACUCUCCCAGUCUGGCUGGGUCGCAGUGUAAUGGCGCUCUGGCUUGUGGGAGCCCCUCCUCCUGCACCUCAAAUCUCCGCUACGGAUGCCCAAACUGAAGUCAAGGUCCACGAACUGUAUACUGCAGCCUGUGGGCUCUAUCUUUGUUGGCUGGCAGCCAGAGCUAUCAGCUUAGUUCUAGGGUGGUUGCCUCAGGGUCGAGUGGCCAUGAUAGAACGACUGAAGCAGUGGUGCAUGCUGGGUCUCAAAACAAUCAUAGCUAGUACUAUCCUGCUGGGGGUUAUCCCUUUGCUGUUUGGCCUGCUGCUCGAACUAGUAGUAAUUAUACCACUUCGAGUGCCAAUUCAUCAAACACCUAUAUUGUUCAUCUGGCAAGACUGGGCGCUAGGUGUGUUGUACACUAAAAUUGCAUGCGCAAUCACCAUAAUGGGUCCUGAUUGGUUCCUGCGGGCUGCUAUAGAAAGAGCUUACAGAGACGGCAUUCGUGACAUAAACUUGACAUUCAUUUUCAGAGAGUUAGCUGCGCCUGUUAUAAUCAGCUUUGGACUGGCACUCACUAUUCCAUAUGUCAUUGCAUAUUCAGUUGUGCCAGUUUUUGUUGAGAAUUUACAACUGAAGUAUUUCAUAGCAAGGAGGUUGUAUCCGUUUUUGUUGUUAGUUUUUGUUAUUGGAGUUUUAAUAAACUUACAGAUCAGGCAGUUCAAAAAGCUGUAUGAGCAUAUUAAGAAUGACAAAUAUUUGGUUGGUCAAAGGUUGGUUAAUUAUGAUCAUAGGAAGAAGGCACAAGUUACUAGCUGA